GCUCCCAGAACAAUGUGCGAGUCUGUCUGAUUCAAUGAUUGUCUACAGAUCUCACAGGCUCAUAUCUCCACAUAUAGUUGGCGAAGGACGGCAGAUAUCUUGCUAUGAUCUUCUCUCUAUGACACCUAGUAAAAGUAUAGGAAUGUUUAUUGGGACAACAUGUUGCUCCAGUAUAAUGUCUCCGACCGUCAGGUAUCUGUAUGUCACCAUCUCUAUUCUCCGUCUGGCCCACAUCGUACAAUGAUGAAACGACACAAAACAAAGACAAGCAUAUGUCCAAGUUGGCUUUGCCGACCGGGACGACAAUCGUCAUGACUGAUCAGUCAAAAUGUUGUCAAUACAUCAUCUUCAACCUCGCACGUCUAUGGUGACUGACCAGCGUGGUAGUUAUCAGUAGUUUCAU